AUGUCUCUCACAAUUCCCAUACGAACCGAAAAACCCACACUCCUUUACAAGCGCAUGAGGCCCUCCACGAGUGUUGCCACUACUGUUCCCAGUCUCGUCCGUGGCGCGGUGUCCGAGACGGCAGCUGCCUCAAGGCGUGAGGUGCUGCAAGAGUUUCACAGCUUCGAAAUGAUGGCUGAUGCAGAUGGGCAUUUGCAGUCUGAUGCCGGUCUUGUCUUCUCUGAUGGCGAUGGCAGUUUCACAGCAGGCCAUGACCACGACGAUGUGGACGACGAGACGGCCGAACGUGAGUUCCAGUCUCAUUGGAAGGAUUCUCUUCACCGCACACGGGAAGAGCUGAAGGGUCAAACGAUACAUCCAGAUACCUAUCGAAUAAAUGAUAUUUGGCGGGAGGUCGCGCGUGAGGAAAAGCUGCGGGGAGAUGAUGAGGCGUUGCUUACUGAAAAGGAAGUGCUCACGCCAUCUCGUCUCUUGUCACCUCCUUUGGGCAACGCGCCCGAUCACGAUUCCCCGGAGGCUAUCCUUGACGAUCUCGGAAGGCUGAAACUUCGUAUGGAGAGAAUCAAAAACAGGCAGGGCCGUCGUGUGCGCAAGGCUCACAGCAUCAUAGGCAUCCAUGAAGCAGGCUCUGGCGUUGAGGACUCCUCGUCUUCAGCUGGAGAAUCCGACUUUGAUCCGGACCGUUAUGUGGCGCCGAUACUUCACGGUUCUGCGGCUGCACGGGGCAACGACGUAUUGCUGCUGGAAGCGCAGCAACGAGGCACAUCUAGUGACAACCUUCGGGACAUCUUUCCCGACUCUGAAAGUGUGAAAGAGGCGAUGCGGCUUCUUGAUUAUAGUGUACAGUCAGAUCGUCCAGACGUUGUGGCGUGCAUCCAUCGCUGUCAGGAGGCCCAGCGGAUUCACUGUCCUAAAAAUGAGAUACCCGUUUUUACUGGGAAAAAGGGCAGCGCGGUGCGAGGGGAGGCCGCGCCACCGGUUGUGUCACCGCCGCCUCGUGCCGCGAAGGCGAAGCCGCCGUCAGUAGAGGAGUUGGCGAGGCUUGUAGCUGGAUCCUUACCAACGAUACCCAGGGAACUGAUAGAGGAGCUUCAGGACCAGCGCCGACUGCUCGAGCGACUAUCCGCAGCGCAGGAGGAAAGCCUUCGAAGACACUCAAAGGAGCAACAGGAGGCGGCGCGGAGGCGUCUUAUGGCACCGCGUCCCGAUCCACUGUUCAAUUUGUACGUUCCAGAAGCCAUGCAAGUACCAGAGCUGCAUCAUACCACAGGAAUGGUUCAGCGAACGGAGCAGCAGCAACACCAGCAACUACGUCGAAGCCCGCAACGAUCGAUUCCGCCCGUUAUCACAAUUAUGUCUAAUCAGCCUGAGCCCCCGAUUCCCCCCCCGCGACCCAUCCCUCCCCCUCACGUAAUAAAGGAGGAGCUGCAGCGGGUUCACCAACAAUACGAACGUAUUUUGCGUGACGAGCGUCGGGCGUGGACGGAACUCGUGCAGAAUCAGAAGGAUGCCUUUGAAAGGGAGAAGAAGGCCGCGGCGGAGGCUAUGCACAAUUUCACGAUGAACCAACAGCGGGUGAACGCUGAAGAGACUAAGCGUAUCAUUGCGGCUCAGGAAGUGCGUCAACAACGAAUGCAGCAUGCAUCGCAGUUACAGCAACAGCGCGCGAUGCAGCAAAUGGUGUCCAAGGUGCUGUGCGAAACGGGCACGCGGACCCCUGUGAGCAAAGUUUCACCUUUCCAAGGUCGUAAUCAGCCAUCAAAGGCCCGGCGCGGUGGCUUGCCUGCGCGAAAGGUGGGAAGAAGGCAGCCACCCGAAAAGAGCGUCGCUAGAAACAAACCGGGGACUUCUGCUGAGCCCAGCGGGGGUGAGGGGGCCCAGUCAACAACGAAGGGGCCCUUCAAGGUUGUGCUCCUUCCAGGGGAAGGUGAAGGGGCCACCACAACUUCUCCCAGCCCCUCACCUCAAGCUGGCGGGAAGGCACGAACGGAAGAGGUUGUGGUUCUUUCUGAUGAUGAAGGAGGGGAGGCCGCGAAGGAUUUUUGUGACCCUGAAUCUGGGAAGCGUGGCUCCGUCUCUAAAGACCGAAGGGCAAGCGGGUCGUUGCCGGCCUCAGCGAAAAUGAGAGGUGUAGCCGUUAAGCGUGGAAGUGGGCUAUCAUCGGGUGGAACGGCAAAGGGCCGUGCCACUUCUGCGUCGCAGUCCAAGAGGAACAGCGCUGCAUCCCCACGAGGUAACGGUUCACAGCCUUCCCUAAGUGCCACUCAAGAGAAUAUCGGAUCUGUUGUGCCUUCUUAUGCGUUUGAUGUCAAGAACGCACAGAUUAAUAGAGCCCGUGGAUUUGAGAAUACCGAAGAAAUUGCCCUCGCUUCAUCUUUUCCUUCAUUCCGAGACGACCUACCGGAUACUGUUAGGCUCGAGGGUGGUUUAACACGUACGUUUGAGGACGCCGCAGCUGCUGCCGCCAUUGGUGACAGCCGUGGCUGUGGUCGGCGUGAGGCGGAAGCGAUGUUUAUGCGCAGCGUUGUUUUGCUCGGCGACAAUCUCACCCCAGACGAGUUGGCCCGGAAGCGGAUGGUCCAAAAUGCCUUUGAUGUUAAUCUUCACGUACCACCUCCUACAAACAAUGUUGAAGGAGGACUUGAGCGGCCGUGUGAUGCCUACUUCUACGGUGUUGAGCGCGAUGAGUUAACUCCGCGCCGUCGAGCUGAGCUGCGCGCUGUUGAGGCGCAGUCGCUGCUGGAGGCAAGGCGUCGUUUAGAGCGUAUUAAGGAGCUCUCGAUUGGUGGCAACAAACGGAAAUUCGGUGAACCGUCCACUUCCUUCGAAGAAGGCGUGGGGGAGAGGUUUGAGCGGCGGCUAUGUGAACUCAUUUCUAGCGACGUGAUUCGCUGUGUCAUUGAAGAAGGAGUUGAGGGAGACCUAUUUGGCGAACUGAUGCAGCUUCUCGAAAGUGACAUUGUGAGAGCUGAAAUCCAUAGAAUUCUGGAGAAUGAUAGGGCUGCCUCUGACGAAGAACCAGGUGACAUAACACAACUACAAAUGGCAGAAACUGUGAAAGGUUUAAGGAACCGUUACGGUUCUUUCGGUGCUCCUGCAUUUGAAAGUGUGAGCCGGGAGGAAACACUACUGCACCACAUUCAAGAGGAGUUGGUAAGGGUCAUCGCGGAUGCGGUGGAAGGUGCCGAAAAAGACUCUGUUGAAGAGGAAUGUGGCAUCAGGAAUGAUGAAAGCGCCCAAGAAGGAAAGGCAGAAGCAACACCCAGUGUGGGAUCUCCUUCGCUUCAUUCAGCGCAUGCUCAGUUGGAAGGCGUAAUGACACAGGAAAGCCCGCAGUGGGUUCAUGAAAUCAUCCGAGCGGGUGAUGAUCCACUUCGGUCACCGUCAGCAGAGAUAGAGACUACUAGUGCUCAUUUGCAGCCGCAGCUGAAACAACAACAAGACGUAGGCGGAGUUACCGGUGGCGAUUUUGUAACCCCAUCAGCCGCGACGCUUUCCAAUGUUGCUGUGGCAGUGGAAGGUGCUAUCGGGGAUCCCGCGGUCAUCUCUGAUGGGGCGGUUGGGGGUAACACGAUCAGAAUCGUCCUCGAUGUGGCACCGGUAACUCAACUUCUAACCACUGCGCGGCUGCUGCCGCAAGCAGCAGAGCAGUUACACGAAGGGAUGCAGCAGUGGCGCCAAAUGACAGAGGGUCCGGGUCCCAUGACUGAAGACCCGCGGCUACCAUGCUCAACUGAGGAGACUUUACCACGGCUUGAACUUCCUGAUUUGCAGUCUAGUGGACUCGGUGGCACUGUUACGCAAGUCGCGGUUUUAGAUGUCCCACCGCUGCGACAAGAGAUACCGGCGCCGAAUGUUCCGGAAGAAACGGUUCCGCCCCUGCCACUUCUACUCCCCAUUUCAUCCGUCCCUCCACAUCUCCCAGUAUCCGGAGAGCCUCAACUUGUCCACAGGGCCAUCCAUGAGGAGCAGCUCGCUGAGGCACGUCGUUUGUGUGAGGAGGGCGAGUACCAUCGCCGGCAGUUGGUGUGUGAGCAAGAAGAGAUGAUGCGGUAUUCAUUUGUGAUGAUGUGGGAUUGGGAGCACGAGCACAUCGUCCGUGUGGAGAGGGAGAAGAAACAACAGCAACAUAUUUUGGAAAGCAUGCUGAAUGAGAGGUUGGCGGCUCAGAGGCAGUCUCCUGUGAUGUCUGAGGUGGUUAGGCACACAAGGGUGGAGCGAAGCCACUCUCUUCCUGCUGCUCCAGCUGAUGUUUCUUAUGCCUCCGCGGGAGAUGAUCCGGCGAAAGCUGCACCUUCAACUGGAAUUCGUGACCCCAUUACAAAAUUCAUAUUCGAGUGGAUGCGUGAGUUUGACCCUCGAAAGACGGAGAAGACGUUUGGGGAAAAGCUGCGGGAAGCGAGUAUGGCGGCUGAAGGGAGACAACCAACGUAUCCCAAACAACGUGUCGGAAUUGCUGUGACUGACGGGAGGGCAACAGCAACGACAGAUGACGAUGACGAGGAUUCCACUGAACCAGUGGAGCGGGAUGUUCGAAGGAGACUGCUAAUGGAAAUAGAUGCCGCUGAUUCCUCUUCGUGGCUCUCUUCAGCUCACACUAGCAGCCUCACUGAGGGCGGAACCCCACAGUUCACUAGACGCCGUGGUACGGUGCCAACGGCCAAUGUUGCGGCCGCUGCCCGGCCCAUUGUUUCUCUGCUUGGAGAAGGUUGCUGUGACGUGUACCGGCAUUUCCACAAUGCUGAAGGCUCGUCUUCGAAGACGACCGAGACAACUCGGUACUCUUCCUCUUUUCACCUUGAACAGGAACCCGUGAGUAAGCAGCACCGCCAUCACAUGCCGAAGCCAUCGUCACCUGCGGGAACAUCAACAACAAAGACGGAAAGUACCUCUACAUCCGCCAACACCGCGAAGACCACCAAAUUAACAUCAAGUGGAAGCGGAUCUGAACAUUUGGAGGAUACGGCUCCAGCCACACAUCUACAUGAAACGCUAAGGCGGCAUCUCAACUACGAACAGCCUUUGGAUCAUAGGCGUGAUUACGUGCCAGAGGAUCUGCGAAAGCGGCCGGCAAAGCGGAAGUAA